CGCCGAUAAUUCAGCAAGUGUGUCUUAUUACAUGGAAAUCCACGAGAGUAAAUGAGUUCUGGUGGGGACCCUCGUGGCACAUAUAAAUGGCGAAUUCCGAGUUUCAGACAACAAAGUGUUUUAUACCGUAUACAAAUUUAAAAAAAAAUAGUACUCCACAAAGUUGAAAAUAUGUUUGCUGUUGUUAUAUUUGUUUUAAUAUGUGCGCAUGCUGUUCAUCCUUCGACAGUGAUAUCCGGGAACACCUUAACAAACCGCGGAUCAGACAAGGAUAAUGCAGCUGCAGGAGCUGCUGCAGCCGGAGAUGUAAUAGCAGCUACCGGUGGUAUCAUAGACGAAGGAUCACUGGCGGCAGAGCACGAAUCAGAUACAGAUCAUGCCUUAACAAAGCGCGGAUCAGGUACGGAUCAUGCAGCUGGAGGAGCUGCUGUAGCCGGAGAUGUAAUAGCAGCUACCGGUGAUAUUAUAGACGAAGGAUCACUCUUGGCAGAGCGCGAAUCAGAUACAGAUCAUGCCAUAACAAAGCGCGGAUCAGGUACGGACCAUGCAGCCCAAGGAGCUGGUACAGCCGGAGAUGUAAUAGCAGCUACCGGUGGUAUUAUAGCCGCAGGAUCACUCGCGACAGGCCCAUUAGCACCAGUAGUGGCAGGAAUUGGAGGUGUAACUGCUGCCGUUGGAGGUUUGGUAUCAGUAAUUUCGAAAGCAGCCGAUCAGUCAUGUCGUGAAUUUGGUUGUCACAAAAACUACUGUUGGUCAUAUUGCAGCUUGGGAAAUCAAUGGUGCUAUACAACCAAAACUUAUUCUCAAAGUUUUGAAUAUGUUAGUUGUACAAGGGAUGACGAAUGCAACGGAUGCUGGAAAUGCGCAGGUUCGUGCACGUUGUGAAAAAGUUGACAAGAACUUUGUGUGUUUUUCAUAACCUUAAUAAAUAUUAUAUUAAUAAUCUUUUCAUCGUGG